GCAGCUUUGGGACUGUGUGACGUAAAGACAGUUUCCUGUGUCACGUCUGAAUUGUAAGCUCUUCCUUCCUUACAGACUAGUCAUAGCUCAUGGUUGUUAUUUUUGUUUUUGUUGUUUUUAAUUUCAUGUGACAUUAGUAUUUGCGCUUUCUCGUUCCAUGAUGGGAAGUAGGCCUGUGAAAUUAUCCAAAUAAAAUCUAAGGAGCUUGGAAAGAAAUAAAAUGAGUAAACUGGUCAGUUUCUUCUGCUCAAUUGCAGUUGAAACUCUUAGCCUCAUGGCCCUGCAGAUGUUUGCACCACCAUUAUAACAUCAGUCUGCGGGGCGUUAUCAUCUUGUUGACAGGCGCUUCAGUGCGCAAUGGAGAGCGCGGCGCUUCUUGCGCCCCCAGCAGUCUCUCCCCGGGACAACACUUGGCUGUGAAGCCGUCCCGCCUGCCUCACAUAUCGCAGACAAGCUGCUGCUCCUGCGGCGGCGUUCCUCCAACCGACGACUCGGUGGUUUCGUUAUGGACGUGCAGACUCUGAGCGAAGCAGCGCGCCGCAUUCCCCAAAUGGCGGAGUGAGUGAGGAUGCGAUUCCCCAGUUCCAUCUUUGUGUCGGUGUCUCUGUUCACGGCCGAGACCACGGCAGCGCUGUACCUCAGCUCCACGUACCGCUCCGCCGGAGACCAGAUCUGGCAGGGGCUCACGCUCCUCUUCACUCUCGUACCGUCCGUGCUCGUGCAGCUCACCCUCACCUUCAUCCACCGGGACCUGAGCAGAGACAGACCGCUCAUUCUGCUGUUGCACAUCUUGCAGCUCGGUCCCAUCGUCAGGUGUCUGGAGGCCUUCUGCAUCUACGGCAGCGUGGGCCGCGUGGAGGAGCCUUAUGUCAGCAUCACAAGAAAGAAGCAGAUGCCCCGCAGGGGUCAAGCCGAGGAGGUGGAGCGGCAGGUUGGGCAGGCAGAGGGGAAACUGUUUACGCACCGAGCGGCCUUCGCCCGCACCUCUGUCAUUCAGGCCUUCCUGGGAUCAGCCCCCCAGCUCACGCUGCAGCUCUACAUCUGCGUCCUGCAACAAGGGGUGUCCAUCGGAAGAGGCACACUGAUGGUGAUCUCCCUCCUGUCCAUUGUGUAUGGAGCCCUGCGCUGCAACAUAUUGGCCAUCAAGAUCAAAUAUGAUGACUAUGAAGUGGACGUCCGGCCUAUGGCUUAUGUUUGCAUAUUCCUGUGGAGAAGCUUUGAGAUCGCCACUCGCGUGGUGGUUUUGGUCCUGUUCAGUUCGGUGCUCCAGUUUUGGAUCCUGCCGGUGGUUCUGCUGAACUUCCUCGUUUUCUUCCUCUACCCCUGGAUCCUAUUCUGGCAGAGCCACUCCCCUUUCCCUGAGAAUAUAGAAAAAACUCUGACCAGAGUGGGAACCACCAUCGUGCUUUGCAUGCUCACGUUCCUCUACGCCGGCAUCAACAUGUUCUGCUGGUCCGCCGUGCAGGUGAAACUCAGUGACCCAGACCUCAUCAACAAGUCCCAGAACUGGUAUCGCAUGGCCGUCUACUACAUGUUGCGUUUUGUGGAAAAUGCCUCGCUGCUCUUGCUGUGGUACAUCUAUAAAACAGACAUCUACAAGUUCAUCUGUGCCCCGCUGCUGGUGCUGCAGCUCCUGGUAGCCUACGCCAUCGCCAUCUUUUUCAUGCUGGUCUUCUACCAAUUCUGCCACCCAUGUCGGAGGCUCUUCUCCUCCAGCAUGACCCAGGGCCUUUGGGAUUGCUCCUCGCUUCUCUGCCUGAUGUGCAGCUCUGGCUCUCCACAGAACCGACCCAUGGUGAAGGAGGCCCCGACCCCAUCUGCGCAAAAAGAGCCAGCCAGACAGCGGCCCCACGACACAGCCAGCGACAGCACAGACGACAUGCCUAAUGACACGACGUAUGACAUGCUCAAUGACACCACCUUCGACACGCCGAACGAAAUGGACAGCAACAUAGGAGGUGGAAUAAAUGGCGACAUUAGCCACAGUGUACACUGCACCGUUUAACGCAUCAGAAUAGUUCUUACGUGCCAUUAAGAGGACAUUAUCUAACCUUGUGUAACCUUUUUAAGUGCCACAUGGAUCCCUCCUUGAUCUCAUCCAUCCAUCACAAUUCUACAUGAAGCAAAUGUGUCCUUAACGUGAGAACUAUCCUUGCUGUAAACGCGCAGCCUCUCUUAUCAGACUACAUGCCAACAAUUCAUCCUGCAGCCUUUAAAACCAAGAAAAAAACCCACAGGCACCAUCACCUCACUCUCUUCUUUAGGUUCGGAGAUUGUGUCCACGUAUAUGCUGCAUUUACUGAUCACAAGGAGCCAAUGCAUUUGAAGUGAUUGUAUUUAGUGUCUCUUUGGCAUGGAGGCGUGCAUGUGUGGAGCCUCAGACGAGGUGUAACUGGUUACUCUGCAGAGGAGGGGGAGAGCCGGCCCCGUGCUAGUUUUUAUGGCCGCAAUUAUGCUUUUGUACUCCUUAAUAAGAGCUUUAAGAUUAAUACGCGCUGCUUUCGUGACGUGCUCGUGUUUGAUGAUGAGAUGUUAAUCGCCACACAUUGUAAAAGAGCCUGUUUCAUCGCCAGACAUGUUACUGUAAAGCACGGACAUUCCCAAUGUCUUUUGCACGUUUACACAAAAAAAAAGGACUUUGGUGGUUUGGUUCAUUUGUUGAGCAGCAGCAGCUGUAGUGAUCUGCUUUGUUUGGAUGUGUUUGCAUUUUUCUUUUCUUAUUUAUGCUUAUUAUGUCUGUCAACUCUGUUUCUGUCUGUCUGUCUCUUUAGUUGGAAAAUUUACACUGAGUGCAGACAAAACAUUUACUGUAUCUAACUGAAAAAGAGUCUGUGUUUGGAAAUGUUAAAAGUAUUUAUUCUUAUUUCAACCUUUAAUGUACUAAGAAAGCGAGAGAAAGAGAAAGAAUGUGAUUAUGGUUGUUUUUGCACUUACUACUUUUUGCGACGUGUCUGCAGAGAGAUGAUGACCUCGGGAAUCACAUGAAUGCUUCUUAUGUUUGUACAAAUAAGAAAAGCACUGUUUAAGCCAAAAAAAAAACCAACAACUUAAUAUACACAUCAAACAUAUAGAGACACAAAAGGAGGCACUGAAAAUAUGAAGUCGUACUUUAAAAAAAAGAAAUUAAAUUUAUAUUUAUAUGUGAAUAUUGUCUUGCAUUAUUUUGAUCUUGUCACACAAUAUGAAUCUGUGCUGACCUCUAGUGGCUGAUCGGUGAAACUGCCUGUUUUGACAAUUCCCCGGUUGCAGAUGACUAAUGAAUUUUGCUCCAUCCUGACUUACUGAAGUGACCUGGGAGGGAUCUGUGUGGCUAGUGGGAUGCUCCAAAUGCAAAUUAAAGGCGCCCAGUGUUUACUUAAUUAUCUACUUUAGCAAAGGUGCAUUGGCACACCCUUUAUAAAAGACUGCUUUUCAGUGGGGUGGAGGUGGACAGAGAAAACCAGGAUAUUUAAUCAGAAAUAAAAAGAAAUUUGACAUUUAAAUGUUGGGAAUGAUUUGUGUUUCAGUUAAAAGGUGUGUGGCAGCAUUGUGCACCAGCUGAAAACGAGACAGGGAGGACUGGCUAACACCAACAUGCAAAGAAUUACAGUAAUCCCAUGGUAAAGGUAUGGAUUACUGUUUUAAAAUUAGAUUUUAACAAUGGUUUGUUUUUUUUUUAAAUCUUCACCAACUGUCUCACCUGAAAGAAGCUGGAUUUCACCACUGCACUGAUCUGACCGUCCGGUCUAAAGUCGCUGUCCAUCCUAAAACAAAAGUUUGUGACAGUAGGCUAUCCAUACUGUGCCACCGGUGACAUCAGAAACAAAAACAAUCACCUCUUAAAAUUUAAGACUUAGACUUAAGAUUUAGAGCCAUCCAAGCUUUUAGUUUCUCAAGACAUUCAAUUCAAAUUUGAAUGAAACAGUCAUCCUUCCCAAAAGCAGAGGCCCAAGUAUUGAGCCCUGUGGAACCCCACAUGACUAAUAUGAAAAUUUCUCUGAGCCAGGUACACUGAAUCACUCCAGAGCAGUGCCAGAAAUGCCUACACAAUGCUCCAAGUGGCAUAAAAAAAAUAUUAUGCUACACUGAGCGCAAAUUUGGUCCUAAAAAGAGACCAGAAACUAGACUGAAAAACCAAGGACAGUAAUAUAUUAAGUUUCACUCCAACACUGGUUAAAUCUAUCCUCUCAUCCAAAGGUGUUGGCCUUCAGCCUCUUUAUCAGUGCUCACUCAAACACACUGUGGAACACCUUUAAAGACUUUAUUGGACAAAAUUCAACAAAAACAAUCUUGAACUCAACAGUAAUACAGAAGAUCUAAAGGUUUUCUACAGAUUAAAAAAGAAAGAAAAUCCUGGUUACAGUGACUGACCAUUAAAUGCAUCACAGGAAAACACACUGUCCUGUCUAAACAUUUCAAUAACUUAUUAAAAUAUCAAUGUAGACUAGUAGAAAUACAGUAUACUGUAGUGAUUACUUACUUAGAGCUUCUCUAACAUACAAAAACUUCUUGUAGUCGUAGUUCAGUUUUAUUAAGGGAAGAUAGUGAAGGAGACAAAGUUGCAAACAUGCUAACAUUUUCUAAUUAGCAGCACAAAGCACAGUUGAGACUGAAGGAAUGUCAUCAAUUAAUAUUAAAAA